UGAUGGCUUUCCAGGGGCCCGGACGUUCCCUAUCAGGGCAGCUUUGCACAGGGGUGUUUGGGGGGCUCAUUCAGCCACCUCUUGGGCAGAAAUUCUACUGUCACAAUAGUGGCAGUGCUGGGGGAGGGGUGCCAGCUGUGCCACCCCCGCUGCCCCAGGCACUGAGUGCCCCCCAUCACCCAGGGACUCCCCAGUGUAAUGGAGAUGGCAGAGUGGAGCCGGAGCCUGAUAGACCCAUUGGAUACGGGGCAUUUGGAGUGGUUUGGUCCGUAACAGACCCUCGUGAUGGGAAACGUGUCGCCCUCAAGAAGAUGCCUAAUGUUUUCCAGAAUCUUGUUUCAUGCAAAAGAGUCUUCAGGGAACUCAAGAUGCUUUGCUUCUUCAAACACGACAAUGUCCUCUCGGCUCUCGAUAUUCUGCAACCGCCUCCAAUUGACUGCUUUGAAGAAAUAUAUGUAAUCACGGAGCUAAUGCAGACGGACCUGCACAAGGUGAUUGUGUCACCCCAGCCCUUGAGCGCCGACCACAUAAAGGUCUUCCUCUACCAGAUCCUGCGAGGGCUAAAAUACCUUCACUCUGCUGGAAUCCUGCACCGAGAUAUCAAACCGGGGAACCUACUAGUCAACAGCAACUGUGUAUUAAAGAUCUGUGACUUUGGCUUAGCUCGGGUGGAAGAGUUGGAUGAGUCUCAACACAUGACGCAGGAAGUGGUGACCCAGUAUUACCGGGCACCAGAGAUCCUCAUGGGAAGUCGGCACUACAGGAAUGCCAUUGAUAUCUGGUCCGUGGGUUGCAUCUUUGCUGAGCUGCUUGGCAGAAGGAUCUUGUUCCAGGCUCAGAGCCCCAUCCAACAGUUGGAUUUAAUCACUGAUCUCUUGGGGACACCUCCGCUUAACGCCAUGCGCUCGGCCUGUGAAGGGGCUCGAGCUCACAUCAUGCGCGGCCCUCAGAAGCCGCCGUCCCUCUCCGUGCUGUACAUGUUGUCCGGGGAGGCAACCCACGAGGCUGUCCAUCUCUUGUGCCGGAUGCUGCUGUUUGACCCGGCAAAAAGAAUCUCUGCCAAGGAUGCUCUGACUCACCCUUACCUGGAGGAGGGUCGUCUGCGCUACCACACGUGUAUGUGCCAUUGCUGCUAUUCUGUGUCCUCUGGCCGUGUGUACACCGCAGACUUUGAACCUGCAGCCAGCAGUCGAUUUGAUGACUCGUACGAGAAAAGCCUCACCUCGGUCUGGCAGGUGAAGGAACUGGUUCAUUGCUUCAUCAAGGACCAGCAGCAGGGCAAACGGCCUCCCUUGUGUAUCAACCCGCACUCUGCAGCCUUCAAAACCUUCAUCAGAUCCACAGCCUGGCAUUCCUCAAAAGUUUCCAAAAAGGAGGAGAGAUGAGGAUUCCCCUUCACCAUUACAGAUAUGGGGAAAUUGAGUUGGGGAGGUUAGCCGCUCACAGCAUGAGACCCCCCACCCCUCCCCUUCUGCUGCUGUACAUGAGGUCCCUGUUGCCUGUCACCUCUUUUUCUUAAUUUUUUUUCCUUAUUUUUUUGCACCCUUUUUACCAAGUUAUGCUCCUUAGUUCCCGCCCGUUUGAUUCUCUAUAUUCGCGUUGUAAUCCCUCUUUCAUGUCCCAGAAUCCUGUGCGGUUCCAUGGCUCCCCCCAAUGGGGGGUGGCAGUGAUUGGCUGAGGGACCUCUCUACGGAUAAAGGAUGCUGUAAAUAUUUUCUAUACAGAGAUUCCUCUGCCUUGUCCAGCUCUCCCUCCCCGUCACUGCCCUGGGGAGCCCCUCCUAAGGUUAGAAUGAUUGCACUCCUGUUAAGGUCUGUGUGAUGCUGAUCCACCUUCACUCUCGCUGGCUGUUAUUAUUCAAGGAACAAGCAAUGCAGAAUCCCCACCUUCCCAUCCAAGCAAAUAAUUUAUUAAAUAUUGUGUCCACCUACUAAAUCGUAUAUUAUCGUUCACAAAAGGUCGGAGAUGCUGGCGGCUCCUUGUGGUCACAGUGUGAAAUUGCGGGGUAUGUAGCAUAUGAGAACACCCAACUUCACCUGUGUUUGAGGACAUUGAGAAUUGCUCUACUUUUGAAUGGAAAAGACAUUUUAAUGAACUCUGGUGACACCCAGUGGCUGUCACUUGUAAUGCUGGUGAAGGAAAUACUAUGGAAGUAAUGAAGUCCACUUGUAAUUUCUAUAAUUAUUAUUUAUAUGACACUACCAUAUUUCACAGAGCUGUAUAAUGGGCUGUGUUGUGUUAAGUGGGUAAAUCCUGCCGCUAAAUGCGGUUGUUAACCACUGCUCUCCUGGACGCACCUGUAGUGGAUUCUUGUAGGCAAAGGGUUAAAGGGAUUAGAAUUUUGACUGUUUCUUACCCCCUCACCUAUUCUUAACUUAUAACGUGUGUAAAGCUGUGUAUCCCAUGUGUGUGUGUGUCAGGGCGACUGAUCACUGUACUAAUGGUUUGAAACCCAUUCAAUGAUCUACCUCUUCCAUUAAGUGUUUAUUUUUAUUAUGAUCAUGUUUUAGUUUGUUAAAAUGUUUUUAUUUUUGUUUUUGCUUUGUUUGUUUGUUUUUAAGUCUUUUUUUUUUGUUUUUGGAUUCUCCCAAAUGUGAAAUACCCAGAAUCCCUGAAAACUUGAAUUUAGCAUCUCCAGGUUUUGUUUAAUGUCUGUCGGUCAAAACUGGCAGCUUAAAUAAAGUCUGUCCUGCCUUUUA